GUCGACCUGUACAGUAGCAGCUGAAUCCUUGCUUUCACUACCACACAAUUAUUAUGUAAGAUCAAGUUCGACGCAUACGGAUAGGCCUACGCCUACGGCUAGUACGGACACAUAGGAUAGAUCACUACCUCUUCCACCAUGCCCUCCUCCAUGCGCAACCUCCUGUCCUCUACCGGGAUAGGACAACCGGGAACAGGAGUGACGGCACGCAGCUCCGUGGGAGCUGCGACCGCUGCGCAUCAGCUCCAGCAAGACGGCUUAGUAGCAGGUGCUAAAAAUAAACCUGGAGCUGCAGCUGGCCGACAAACUAGUACACCCACUGCAGAUCAUGCCGAGAGCAAGCCGCAAAUCUCCGCCUUACAGCCGCUCAUUGAUUACGCGGUAAAGCAACACUUUGAGCACGAGUACCCGGAUUUUUAUGUUUUGGAGAGCGAGGAGAAUAAAAAUGAAAAUCACGGGAAGAGCACGUCUCAGGGUAGUUCCUUCAGCGCAGGUGCAAUUGGGACGAGUGGCACCAGCAGCACGAAUUUAGUUGUUCUUGGUGGUUCCAGUAGUUCUGCUUCUGCAGAUGAAUUAUUCGAGGACCACAACCAUGAUAAAAGUGACGCAGAACGACAAGGCAGAACUGCCAGUCAAAAAGCCUCAACAUCAAGUCCAAAAGCCCUCCAAGAAGAAAUCUUGAAGCGGUCCGCAGAACUUUUCCUUCACUUCUGCACGCCCACCGUGCCGGCCUUGAAACAUGAGCCGCAAGGUGGCGCGGCCAGCAGUGGUCCCAGCGGCGCAGGUUCACCAGGGCGGAGAAAGAAAACCGUGGCGAACACCACUUCGAGCAGCCAUCUUCAUCAAAACAGCGAGAGGAGUAAGGAAUUACAGUUCAAGAAAACGCUGGCCAGUUCGACGAUUUCAAUAGCGGACGUGGGGAUUCUGGUGCGCGGACUGAACUUGUUCUGUGACGAGGUGGAACAAUUUUGUGGUUUUCAUCUUCAUGAGCAUGCUGGUCCACCUGGGCAGCUUCAUCUACCAGGAGGAGGGCCGGCGGCGGGUGAAGAGUUCUUUUAUCAUCAAGAGCAGAUGAGUAGAACUGCGCAAAUGCAUCAGCACUACGUCAAGAUCCUUGAGGAGGACGGGAUUAAGAGAUUGCUGCAGCUCCCGGAAGUGAUUUUCGGAAAUAGUGAGUUAAAUUUGUUGAGGAGGAAGAAAAUCAGCACGGUCAUUUCCGAGGAAGGACAAUUAACCUGCGUGAGUACCUCGAACGAGCAAAUGAGCUCUUCUGACGAGUUGGGUACAAGUGCUGCUGGUGGCGAUGUUGCACUAUUGCAGGAUCAUAGUGCUCUGGGUCUCAAUAAACAAGUGUCCCGAUCUAGUGGAACGUCCUCUACGAGCAAUCUAGCGAGUUUUGGCGCCAGCGCCGCUGUGGUCGUUAGCGAGAUGAUUAGUUCGAGCCGUCCCUUCGGUACGCCUGGCGAUGGUGCUGCGCAAGAAGGGGAAGAAGGCCAUGUCGCGCUCGGCGAAUCUACUUCGUUGAAAGCAGUGACGACUGCAGAUGGGGAUGUUGACUCUGCACAUAUAGAAGUCCCGGUCUCGGGGUCUUCGCCAGGAGACGCGGGAAAUGCUCCUUUACCACCUUUACCGGGUGCUGUCACAACUAGUAGUGCCGCAAAUCCAGAAAAUGACAACGGCACAAACCAGCCUACGGCGAACGAGCCUCUUGAGGAGGUGACCCUGCCGCAAUUUCUCCGACUGAUUUCGCAGUUGACUGGUUUCGCAACUUUUGCGCACCAGCUGCAACUCGCAGCUGCAAACGAAACCAGUGGUGGUGACGACGUGUUGAACAAAGCGGUGUCAUCAGGAGAUAGCGCCUCCAGGGCCACUGCAGUAAUCCGAGCUGCGACAAUGAGCAGGAUUUGUACUAGAAGUACAGCGACUAGCGGGACCUCGUCGAGCAAACAUUCGUUCCAAGACUUCUUCCAAAACUUGGUGACUCCUAGCACAGGAACGACACGGGGAGCUGGAUCUUCGUCGCAAUUAUUCGGCGACAGUUUCUACGCAGGACCGAUCGAUGUGCGGGCCAGUACGAUAAACAACCCCCUGUUUGGAGGAAACGGGGCUGGUGUUGUUGCGCACGAAACAAGCGGCCACGCAGGCGGAACAACCACGACGCAUAGAAUAACAGCCGCAGGUACAGCUAAUGCAGCUGGGAACAUCAAUAGUAGUCCGUCCGCCGCAGGGGCAAUGGCGCGGUUCUCAAAUGCAAUUGCGUCACCAUUUUCAACAGCAGCAGGAACAACAGGAGCCCAACAUGCGGCCGAGAGGACAACUUCAACUUCCGUACUACUGCCAGGUCGACAAACUACUGCAAGCGAUACGACACCUGGUGGUGGUGCAGGCAGGUUUUCAACCCUGCUAGAAGACACGACAGAGAGCAUGAAUCACAACGAUCCGUCGGGUCGCGCCACAAAUAGGACCACUCUACAGCUCAACUUGUUCAACCGGGACAACUCGUCCAAAACCUUGACAAACAACGUCAGCACGAUGAUCCAAAGCCACCCGUUAGACCACCUGCUCAAGCCGGUGCUGCUCUCCCUCUACGACGAGGGAAUUUUCCCGAACGAUGACUUCGUCCGCCGGGCGCAGGUUGCGGUGAGCAAAAAGGAAAUCCCGCAGACGAACGAGUGGCUGCAGCGGGCACUGGAGAUGUCGUUGGCAUUGGAGGAACGCCAGUCCGUCGCGGAGCUGCAAGUCAUCGACUGCUUGAAUGACUUGGAGCGGUUUCUCGAGUUGUUCUGCAAGUUCGAGCGCAAGCGGGAGACGGAAAAAAGGGAAAUAGAACACGAAGAAGCUCUACGGUUGCCGGAAAUCAAGGAUUUUUUGCAGCAGGAGAUUGAAGAACUGUCGAUGAAGUUACGGGAGGAAAACUUGCUGCAAAUCCGGGUGUUUGAGGACUGGGAGGAGGAACACAAUUUGUUGCAGCAGGACAAGGAGAAGAUGCUGCAGAAGCUGUCGAAAGUGCAGAAAUUUUACCAGAAGAAGUGCAAGAAGCUCUCGAAAUUAAUGACGAAGAUGCUGCAAAGAGAUCUGGAAUUAGAAAAAUUGUCGGAAGUGAUUCCGAAAUACGCGCAGCUGCAGGACGAAAUUUUCAAAAUCGAAGAGGAAAACGAGGGGAUGGAAAACUUGUUGAAGGAAAUAGUUUCUACCGGUGAAAAACAGGUGAAGGAACAGCUAAAAGUGUUGGACAACUUGCAGCCGUCGCAGAAAAUCUUUAGCGAGAAACAUUUGAAAGAGUCGGUGUGUCUGUACCAAAAAGCGUGCCAGAACGCGUCGAAGCGGGUUGAGACGGAUAUGGGAUUCUCAAACGUUACAUUCUCAGCUGUAACAACAUGAUUUGUCAUGCAGAAUUACCAUGAGCCACCAGACGAUCAAGCCACCUCGCGUGACAAAUCUUCCCCGAAGGUGGGCUAAACAGAACCUGAAUCUGUGCCGAACUUGCAAUGCGAGAGUUGCAAGCUUGCCCCUUUAACUGUUGCGGUUCUUGCAUCACAAAUUCAUGUAUACAACAGUUGAGAGUGUAACAGUUGAGAACGCCAUAACGGAAUUUCCGUACUGGAAAAUCAUCUCGCGGCCGAGCUCGAACCGGAGGAACUAUCAAAUGGAAAAAUGUCUGGGUCUGAGAAUUUUUGAUGCUGGGUAGCGUCUCAUGAUGAGGCUACAAAUGCUGGCUCAGCAUGGCAAGUUUCUGAGCUGCUAGGCGUUGCCUAUUCUGCAUGACAAACUGCGCUUCUGCAUCACAGAAAAACGCAGCUCUGGGGUAAUGUGCAUGACAGAUUUAAGAGUCAUGCCAGACAAGCAUGACAAACGUGAAUUCUUCCAGACCCAGACAUUUUUACAGUUGAUAGGAACUUAUCCAGUGCAAAAGUGUCGUAUUCGUACUAGUUGCAGUUGUAGUCAUGCAUAACAGAUGUGUUUUGCCGCCUGAUUCUGCAUGGCAAAUUUUAGUUUCGAUUCUGCACCAGAUGAAAUUUGUGCUGCAAUUUAUUACUACUAGCACGAUACAUACUUUAUUUGCAAUGCAUAAGACUACGAGUACUACAAAGCGCCGGGGGAACCAAGCCCGACUUUGCCGAAAGUGGAGAAGGAGAGGGAAAAUCGACGGUGGAGCAUCGAUAUUGGGUACGAGAAGUUCUUUGGAAAUAACAGUGCCGGUGGAGGGAGCAACGGAGGUAUGUCAUCUCCCGGUGGUGGUGGUGGUGGUGGUCGUGGAGGCGGGAUUAUACAACUAGCCAGCGCUGCAAAUAGCGCUGGAGGGGUAGUUGUUGGAGGGAACAAAAAUGCGGCAAAUAAAGUGGGAAACGCGCCCGUAGUUUUGAAGAAUCAGACACGAAUUAGGAGUAGAAGUGAUUUGAAUUUGUGAUGAAAUUGAAACGGAAAAUCAUUUGAAAUCUUGGAUAACUACACAAACUAGAUUUCAAAUGAUUAACAGUUUGUGUAGUUACUACGCUUAACAUGGCAAACAUGUGAGCGUAGUUUGUUGCACAUAUGAAUUUCGUGCUUUUGAAAAACAAGAUAGAAGAAGUGAAAGGAAUCACAGCACUUCAAACAUGUUGUCGCUUGGUGAGGCACUAUGUGAAGAGCAACCACUUUAUCUGCAAAGGAGUUUCAAGUCGAAUGCUUUUUCCCUUUGAUGUCGACGCCUAAAAUCAUAAUCACAAUCAAGUCUGC